AUGUAUUCUCCGGAGGUUUCGUCCCGGACGCUGUUCUGCUGUAUACCUGUUCGCCUGACGGUCCUGGCCUCCGCCGUGAUCGUCACACUAACCUCCGUGCUAUACACUUUGGAUUACAAACUCUUCAACCAACUCUUCAGAAAUUUCGUUGGCGGAUUUGGUAUUGGAGGUAACAUCGCCACCUGUCUGGGAGAGUACAGCGGCCUCCUCUUCGGCACUCUCGGCGUCAUGGGCACCUGGUCGGGCCGAAGAGACUGGGUCAAGUCCUACAAUGGCUGGCUCUGGUUUAGACUGCUCUGCUAUGGCGUCAUGUACACCUUCGACUUUCCGCUAAUUACUCAUUGUGAGGAUUUCGUCAAUAGUUUGCAGCCGACUACAGAGAAGUAUGGUUACAACCCACUCAUGUACAACAUCGCAAUGAACAGCCAGUGUUCGAGCACACGAACAAGCUUCCUCGUCUUAUCACUGUUAAUGGUCUUCCUCAUCAUGUACUUGAUAUGGGGGACCUCUGACUACAUCGAGUUCACAGGUCGUCUUCCCAAGCACCUUCUACGAAUGCCAAAAGAUUUGACUUCUGGAGCAUUUUACUCGCAUAGUCUUGGCGAAAGGAGCGUGCUGAAUGGCAUGUGGGGGAAGUAUGACCACCACCGCGUCUCCGAGUAUCCCGUCUCCGGGGAUCCUGUGGGAGUCUGA